UCAGUGGAAGUUGCCUGAUCCGCUGCAGACGAGCGAGCGGUGCGCCACGAACAUCCACCCGCUCCAAAGGAAAAAAAGAGAGAGAGAGGAUGGAAGAAAAAAAUGCUCCGUGAAUGGAUUUCACAGCUGAAAUGUCUUCAGGGUGGACUGAUACCGAGAUAGAUAGGCUACAUGACAGACGCGGGUAAAAAGAAAAAACCCAGUGAAAUGCCUGAACAGCAAACCGGGGAGCGACGGUGGUCGGCGCUGUGAGGACCGCAUCUCCUGCGAGCCUUCAAACCAUCUCGGUGCUCCACCGGGGGACAGACGGGGAUCAGAAGAACCAAAAAGGAGAGGGGGAGAAAAAAAAUGUUCAAAGUUAGGCCGUGUCGUCUACAAGUGCGACCCCGCAACAGCUGCAGAAAAUGAGCAUGAAUUGAACGAAGAAUGCAUGUCGUUUGGGAUAUAUCUGUGAUUUUGCAAACAUAUAUCAUCUGCACGUCAUCAGCUCAGCCUAUAACAUCCAAGCUUGAUGAGAAUUGGUGGGCGUAUAAGGACGUUGUCCAGGGAAGCUUUGUUCCAGUCCCAUCCUUCUGGGGUCUGGUGCACUCAGCCUGGAACCUGUGCGCCAUAGGGAAGAGGCAGUCCCCCAUUGACAUCGAGACCAGUCACAUGAUCUUUGACCCCUACCUGACCCCUCUGAGGCUCAACACAGGAGGACGCAAGAUGGGAGGAACUAUGUACAACACGGGGAAGCACGUGUCCCUGCGGCCGGACAAAGCCCACCUGGUAAACAUCUCGGGGGGCCCGCUGGGUUACAGCUACAGGCUGGAGGAGGUCCGUCUCCAUUUUGGCAGCGAGGACUCCCAGGGUUCAGAGCACCUCCUCAAUGGACAGGGCUUUCCCGGAGAGGUCCAGCUCAUCCAUUACAACCAGGAUCUGUACGCCAACUACACCGAGGCAGCUAAGAGCCCUCAUGGCAUCGCUGUGGUCUCCAUCUUCAUAAAGCUCUCUGAAAACUCCAACUCCUUCCUCAACCGCAUGCUCAAUAGAGACACCAUCACCAGAAUCAACUACAGACAUGAUGCGUUCUUACUGAUGGGCCUGAACAUAGCCGACCUUUACCCUGACACCACGCGUUACAUCACUUAUGAGGGCUCCAUCACUAUCCCUCCGUGCUAUGAGACGUCCACUUGGAUACUCAUCAACAAGCCUGUCUACGUGACACAGAUGCAGAUGCACUCCCUGCGCCUCCUCAGCCAGAACGAGCCCUACAAGAUCUUCCUGAGCAUGAGUGACAACACCCGGCCCACCCAGCCUCUGCUGCAGCGCUGCAUCCGAACCAACAUCAACUUCAGCAAGCAGGGCCGCGACUGCCCCAACAACCGCGCCCUCCGCCCACAGUACAGAGUGAAUCAGUGGCUCCUGAAGUAGAAGAUUAAAAGAUGUCGAGCUUGCAGCGCCACAAGAGGGGAGGCAUUCAAGACUAUUUCACACUGCCAAGCCGAGCUUAGCUGAACAAACUUGAGACCAACUGAGCCCGCUGACUGACCUGAACUAAACUGAUCUCAGCUAAGCUCGACUGACGGAACUUCAAACAAUCUUCUGUGCUGGCCUCCUACACAUUUACAAUCUGAACGCAGGUCAUGUGGGCCAGUAAAGUGAGGGUACAGAGCAGACUUUGAGUUCAAAGUGUGAAAUAGGCCGUAAGGACUCUGAAUCCUGCACUGUGUUUUUAUUUGUUGCGUGAACUCACAAAGACUGGAUAUGUAAAGACUCUCAAUCAUUUUAUUUGGCUGGUUUUCAGAGGGAUGGAUAUAAUCUAAAGACUACAGUAUGCUCUGUUUGUGAUCGUCACUUCCUACAGAAGGCAGUUAUGGAAAUGAUCAUCCACUGACUGGAGGAAUGAUUUCCAUUGAUGGUCUGAACCCCCGGCAACAAAGAAACACUCAGCUGUGUUAUGAUGAGAAAUGUAAAAGUCUGCUGGUUCUGAUAUCAAAUAGCAACUAAAGAAGGUAAUUUUCAAAGAGAGUGUGAAGUGUGAAUUUCAGGUUACAUAGCUGAAGGGGCCGAAACAGAGGGUGAGACUGCAAUUCUGACAUUUUAUAGACCUGAACAGCUGGAGUCACUAGAGAUUAGAAGGGGAUAGGUCACUCAUUUUGCAUGAUUUUAUAAUAGUUUACUUGUCUUCAAGGAAUUAAAUUAAAAAAUGGUGACAGAAUUCAGCUUGCGUCACGUCCCUGCUUUGCACAGCAACACAAAGACUACAACAGCUAACAUACUAAUUCAUCAAAGCCAUUAAUGACCAAAUAUUGACCUUUUGCUGAUCUUCUCCCCUGAGCAAAGAUUGUCCAAUCAUAGCUUAGCAACCAUAAGUAGGCACAGAGGCCUGUCAAGCUCUGAAUUUGUCCACGUGUUGAAGGGGUAUCCUCGGUGUCUCUCAGUUGGGUGGGUGAUGCUUUUUAUCACCUUAACAAAACCAAAAACACAAGGGCACAACAGAAAAGUGAAAGGAAUGGUUUAAACAGGGUGUAGUGUAGCAAUUGUUAGCAUGCCUAGCUAACUAGCUUAACUUUCUACCUAAAUAAUUGAUUAUUUUCACAGGCUAGGGGCAUGUCAUUAGCUAACUACAUUAUUUUGUGCAGUUACAGAUUAUGUUACCUCUUCAGGAACUCUGCUCCAUAUGUGCUGUGCGAGAAGCAAGCACCAAUAGCAUGAACUCCAUAGGGUACUUUUAUUUAACAGAUCUCAGGUAGCAAUAGUUAUUCACAGUAUAGGUGCCCACUGGUCCAUGCACCUUUUGACCAGAGCUGAUUGAGAGUCCACUUGGAUCCAUUCAGGCAUUAGACACACAUAGACCCGAGUCCCCGAACAUAAAUUGAAUCGGCCCAACUAGGGUUUCUGGUCAGGUCUCAGUUACAUGAAAUGGAAACACGAAGACAUCUUGUCCAAAGUGAACAUGUAACAUUUUAAAGUUAUAAAAUGGGUGACCUACAGUAUGCAUAUUAUGGAUAGACAUCAUGGAUCAACAGCAACACACCAUUGGUCAUUAGCUUGUUUGACUGUUUUUCAGUUUGCUGUGAUGUUGUAUCUCAUGAAAGGAGCAAAACUGGGUCGUUUUCUUCGUUUCUGUUUUAAAAUGUAACUGUAAUGAAUAUAUUGAGCUGUAAUGAGGAUGACGAUCAGUGUGAUAACAUGUAGCUCAGUGGAGAAAUGCACAAACUAUACCACUAACUAUGAAUGUUAUGUUAUUUAUUUUGGGGUUGCCUGAAAUAAAACUCAUGGUAUACUUUGAGUGGCUCUGUAAAUAUGAGUUUGUAUUAAGCUUGAUUACCUUGGAAAUUCAUACAGUUUUGGACCAAAAUAAACACUGUCAUUGUAUGCUUAAA